AUGUCUGCAGAGGCCACCAUAGAGUGUUCUGGCACUUGCUGUGCGCGUGUCGUGUCUUGGAACCUCCUGGCACCGUCAUACUGCUCGGGGUCCUUCUUCAAGGAUGUCGACCCGGAAGCAUUGCGAUGGCCUCGCAGGGCCAUGCAAAUCAAGACGGUGCUGCAUGCUCUUGCCCCAACUAUACUGUGCCUCCAGGAGAUCGAGCUCGAUCGGCCUUUGGAGGAGCUGGGCCUGUCGCUUGGAUUCGCUUUAGGGUCCGUUCAGCGUCCCAAGCGGGCUAAUGGACUCGACCGUAAAGAUGGCUGUCUGAUCGCAUGGCAACGCGAGGCUUUCACCCUUGUCAGGCAGCAGCCAUUAUACUACGAUGACUUUCCACCGCCCCAGACCUGUCAGCAAGAGGACGGGAAUCCGAGUGGUCACGUGGCGUUGCUGGUCGAGCUGCAGCCCACGGAUGCACCUGCGGGAUGGACCGUGUUGGUGGCCACCACGCAUCUAGCGUGGAAUGACACGCGAGAGGACUUGCGAACACAUCAGGCGUUUGUGCUGCUGAAUACAUUGCUCACGUACCAGAACGAGUACACGAUCAUUUGCGGUGAUUUCAACAUGACACCACAGAGCCCUACGCACAGUCUUGUGAGCCAGUACUUCUACUCAGCUUAUCAGGACCUGGAGAGGCAAUUUGGGGAUGCCGGUGCUGUCACAACAACCAACGCGCUGGCGCGUGAUGGGCAGGGCUUUGCGGAGAUCAUCGACUAUUGCUGGAUUCGUUCCUCAGGAGGUUAUUGGGAUGCAUGGAAGGGCCAUCAGGGGCCCUGGGUACAGCGGCGACUUCCUUUGCCCUCCCGUGCUUGGCUGCGGUCCUUCUACGGCACUGCGCCCCAAUCGCCUCUGCCCACCCUCCUGGCUUCGGGACGCUGGCCCUCAGAUCACUUUCCCAUUGCGGUGGAUGUUGUUUUCUGGACUGACACGGGCUAG